UUCAAACUGCUAGCAAGAUUUUAAUGUAGCCGCACUUCACUCCCCACCCCCAAGCUGACUAAUACACAUACAUGGCAGCACCCCCGAGGCUGCUACAUUGCUAGCAUGACUUAUGUUGGAGUAUUGACAAAUGCAAAAUGUUACCGCUUUGAUGUUGUAUUUUUGGGAUUGUGCAAUCAGUUAAAAAUACGACAGAGCUGAUCAACUAACCCGAUGACAUCGAUGGUUUUCCAAGCCCGGCCAUGCAGCCGUCGGCGUACUCAGUCACUCCUGUCUCUACAGUCUCUGAUUGGCUAUGCUUGUCACAUCUUGACAAGUUUUCAAAUGGCGAUUCCAAGACUGAACCCUUUGUGUCCGCUGCUGGUCAGUAAACGCACCGUCAGUCUGGAGACACCCGGCGUUCACCACCACAACCGACAGAGAACAUUGAUCAUGCAGAGGCGAGAGUAUAACAGGUAUCACCAAGUCUGGCAAAAACCUUUUUACGGAACCAGUGUUGAGAAAGAAGAGUACAGGAGGGACUUGUGCGAGCAGCUCAAGAAGCAAAUGGAGGAGAAAAGCGUCCCACUGAAGCUGCGCUUGGCCAGCAGGGCGAAGGAAGCCGAGUAUCUGCGCCAGGUGGACCGCCUCGCCCUGUCCGCUCAACGAGAGCAAAAGCAGCGACACGACAAGGCGAUGGCAACGUACAGAGACGCCAACAAGAGGCUGAUGGAGCAGAGGUGGCGAGACAGCACACUGAUGCGCUGCCAGGAGGUCCUGAGGGAGAAGGAGAUGCUGCGCCUCAACCCCAUCAACUGGACUGGGACACUCAAAUAGGCCGCUAUGAUAUAUGAGGAGAAAAAAAUGGAGGCAAGGAUAUUGAAGCGCGGUGCUCAUGUUCAAAGCGCUUUAAUGUUAGAGUGGCCUGCAUUAAUAACAAAUACUUUUUAGGAAUAAAACAUCUCAUUUUUGUGAAACACUCAUGCCUGCUAAACUACUGCAUUUGAAUGUUGCUCAUUAUGGUGCUUCUUUGGUGUCAAAGUUUGAGAACCACUGCUCUAAUUGAUAGUUAUGUGGUCAGUCGUCGCCAAUAUUUUCAGAGCUGUAAAUAUGCUCGUCACGAAAACGUUUGAGAAAUGGACUGUUGGA